AUCUCUCCAUGUGUACACUCACUUCAAAAUUACCAAAAACUCCAUCUCUCUCUUCCAACUUGCAAGAAGUUAGGGUUUAUCAUAGCCAACAAAACCUCCACUGUCAUUCAGUGAUGGACUCUCUCAGCUCCCCUGUGAUCUCACCCAGUGGAUCAGAACCCUCCGAUCGGGCAAUGUCGACCGAAAAGCUGCUCCGGAAGUCUCCGAGGCUGUGUAACGUUAACGUCACCCCUGGUGACUGUGGGGGCGAGAGACAGGCCAGUAAGAAGCUGAAGAUUGCGGGUUCGGCAAUGCAGAAUAAGGGGAAGGGGAAAGGGAAAGCGGUGUCAUUUUUGGUGGGAGAUCCGGUGCCCGACGAGGAGGCUCGGCAGAGGUGGCCCUGGAGAUAUGAGGAGAAGGAUCGACAAAGUAAAGGUCAAAGUGUGAAGCCUAAUGAUGACGAAGAAGACGAACUGGUUUUGGAUGUAAAAUGUCAUUAUUCUCAGGCUGAAAUUGAAAAGUGUAUUUUCAACCUUGGAGAUUGUGCAUAUGUAAAGGGUAAGAAAGGAGGACGAAACUAUAUUGGCAGAAUACUGGAGUUUUUCAAAACAAUGGAUGAUGAAGAUUAUUUUAGGGUUCAAUGGUUCUUUCGACCUGAAGAUACAGUGAUGGAAGAAGAAGGAGCAUUUCAUGAGAAGAAGCGUUUGUUCUAUUCUAAUUUAGUGAAUGAUAAUUUAUUAGAUUGCAUAGUUUCAAAAGUCAAUAUCAUACAAAUAACACCUAGUGUCAACUUGAAGUCAAAAUCUAUUCUACCUUGCGACUUUUAUUACGAUAUGAAAUACUUAAUCGACUAUUCAACAUUUUGUACAAUGGAAGUUGAUAAUUCUGCAGAUAGGACUAAUUUAUCCACAUCUGCUUGCCUGAAGACUGUUCAUAUGAAUGGUAUUAAGCCUGAGUUCAACAGAAUGUCUAGUCAUAAACCAUAUAAACCAGAGCUAGCACUAUUAGAUAUUUAUUCUGGUUGUGGUGGGAUGUCAACUGGACUGUGCCUUGGUGCUAAACUCUCUGGUGUAGAUCUUGUGACGAGGUGGGCCCUUGACAUUAAUAAAUCAGCAUGCGAAAGCUUGAAGUUAAAUCAUCCGGAGACACAAAUCAGAAAUGAAUCUGCUGAGGAUUUCCUUGACCUAUUAAAGGAAUGGGACAAACUUUGCAAACGGUAUGUGGUCAAGGAUGUUCAAGAAUCACUAAAAGUGAAUUCUAGGGUCUUGAGAGCAGCUAAAGUAAAUUCAAAGACUGGCAAUAAGAGUCCAUCGGGUGAAUUUGAGGUUGCCAGCCUAAUAGAUAUUUGCUAUGGUGAUCCUACCAAUUCUGGCAAGCAUGGGCUAAAGUUUCAAGCACGUUGGGCGGGUCAUGGUCCAAGUGAGGAUACAUGGGAGCCAAUUGAAGGGUUGAGUAAAUGCCAGGAUCUGAUACAAGAUUUUGUACUGAAGGGGUUUAAAGCAAAGAUAUUACCGCGUCCGGGAGAUGCUGAUGUUAUUUGUGGGGGACCUCCAUGCCAAGGCAUUAGCGGCUAUAACCGCCAUAGAAAUGCAGAUUCCCCAUUUGAUGAUGAAAGAAAUCGUCAAAUCAUAGUCUUCAUGGAUAUAGUGAAUUUUUUAAAGCCCAAGUAUGUUUUGAUGGAAAAUGUGGUUGACAUUUUGCAAUUUGCCAAGGGUUCUGUGGGGAGAUAUGCCUUAAGUCGUUUGGUUCGUAUGAAUUACCAAGCAAGACUUGGAAUUAUGGCUGCUGGUUGUUAUGGUCUUCCACAAUACCGGUUACGCGUUUUCUUUUGGGGGGCUCAUCCAGAUGAGAGAUUACCUCAGUUUGCACUUCCUACACAUGAUGUGAUUUUAAAAUAUGGGGCUCCAACUGCAUUUGAGCGUAACAUUGUGGCUUAUGAUGAAGGUCAAUCUCCAGAUUUAGAAAAAGCUCUUGUUCUUGGUGAUGCUAUUGCUGAUCUUCCCCCAGUCUCAAAUAAUGAAACUCGUGAACAAAUGUCAUAUAGAAGGCCGCCUGAAACUGAGUUCCAAAAAUAUAUCAGAGCAACUAAAUGGGAGAUGAUGGGUUCUGCUUGCAAAGGUACAAGAAAAGCAGAAAAAUCUGUGUUAUAUGACCAUCUGCCUCUUCCAUUAAAUGAGGAUGAUUAUUUGCGAGUUUGUCGGAUCCCAAAAAAAAAGGGAGCUAAUUUUAGGGACCUCCCAGGUGUAGUUGUUGGAGCUAACAAUGUUGCUCGGAGAGAUCCAAAAACAGAGAUGGAAUUGCCAUCUGGAAAGCAAAUGGUACCUGAUUAUGCACUCAAUUUCAGUGAGGGAAAGUCUACCAAACCAUUUGCACGUCUAUGGUGGGACGAGACAGUGCCAACUGUUUUAACUAAACCUGACCCUCACUGCCAGGCCUAUUUACAUCCUGAGCAAGAUAGAGUUCUUACUGUUCGUGAAAGUGCAAGGUUGCAAGGGUUUCCUGAUUACUAUAAGUUCUGUGGGCAAGUUAAAGAAAGAUACUGUCAAAUUGGGAAUGCUGUGGCUGUUCCUGUGGCAAGAGCUUUAGGGUACGCGAUGGGUUUAGCGGUGCAGAAGCUAAGCAGAGCCGAACCUCUCCUAACUCUUCCCCCCAAGUUCUCCCAUUCUACUACUGCCCAGUUGUUGCAGGCUUCGGUUUCUGAUGCUUAGUGUCAAUUCCAUUCUCUUUCUGAGUACUACAUGUACUACGCUAGGAACCUGGUCCAUUGUGUGGGCAUGCUUUUCCAGCCCAACCUCCCAUAAUCUCUGAAGAAGUUGGCAUCAAACUGUAGAAGAAUAAGUGAACUUCCUUUGAAAUCUCCCUGUCAUAAUCCUUCACUUUGAAUGCUACCACAAUUUUUCAUCCUGGUAAACAGAUUUAUAGGGCUUACCGAUUUAAUGCAGAGUUUCAGUUUCUUAA